CACAACGCGAUUUGUGGGAGUCGGAGUCAUGGCGGGCUUGGUUGACUUCCAGGACGAAGAGCAGGUGAAGUCCUUCCUGGAGAACAUGGAGGUGGAGUGUCACUACCAAUGCUACCGCGAGAAGGACCCGGAGGGUUGCUAUCGGCUGGUGGACUAUCUGGAAGGAAUCCAAAAGAAUUUUGAUGAAGCCGCAAAGGUGCUGAAGUUCAACUGUGAGAAAUACGGGCAUGGGGACAGCUGUUACAAGCUGGGAGCCUAUUACGUGACUGGAAAAGGUGGCCUGACUCAGGACCUAAAGGCUGCCUCUUCCUGCUUUCUGAUGGCCUGUGAGAAACCAGGAAAGAAGUCUGUGGAAUCCUGUCACAACGUUGGACUACUGGCACAUGACGGACAGGUCAAUGAGGAUGGCCAGCCUGACCUGGGGAAAGCCAGGGACUACUACACCAGGGCCUGUGACGGCGGCUAUGCAGCCAGCUGCUUCAACCUCAGUGCCAUGUUUCUACAGGGUGGCCCUGGCUUUCCUAAGGACAUGGGUCUGGCGUGUAAAUAUUCGAUGAAGGCCUGUGACCUGGGCCACGUCUGGGCCUGCGCCAAUGCCAGCCGCAUGUACAAACUGGGGGAUGGUGUUGAUAAGGACGAGGCCAAGGCCGAAGUGCUGAAAAAUAGGGCCCGGCAGCUGCACAAAGAACAGCAGAAAAACGUCCAACCUUUAACGUUUGGGUAGUGUGUGGCCCAGCCCCCUUCCCAGUAACAGACGAUUCACCCUGGCAGCUCCUCUCCCAUCCCAGAUGAGCCCUUGGAGGUCAGUCAGUGCCAUCUGCUCCAGAGUGUCACCUGCUGGGAGUGGCCAGAAGUGUUUUAGUAAAUAAUCCUUUGUGUAUACUCUGUGAAGACAUCUACAUUUAUGGGGCUGUGUGUCUUAAUUUCUAAACUGGACCUGUGAAAAAUAGGAGUAAACUGCAAAGCCAUAGACUUUUUGAGGGUUGGGGAGACAGAGAAGUUGGGAAACUUAGCAGCCAUAGGCCUGAAAGAAUCAGCCAUCAUUAUCAUUUUAGUCGGAAGAGCUUGGAAAAUUAGAAAGUAUCCUAAUUUGCAUAACAGAGGUCUUAGAACAGCGAGGCAGUCACGACUGCCACCCUCUGCCUUACAUAACCCAACCGUGGUGUGGGCUCCUUGCCGAUCCAGUCAGACCUUUCAGCAGAUUUAGAGGAAUCAGGAGCCUCGUGCUGAAGAAAGUUGAGGCGGUUAUAUUAGCCUUGCUGUUGCCAAAGGAGACAAAACCUAAGCCUCUCCUCUAGACAGAUCUCUGGCGGUUAAAAAUUAGCCUCUUGGCUGGCUCUGUUCCUCACGGGAAGACAUGACUCUGGAAACAGCUCCAGCUAGGAACUUGGGACAUGAUGGAUGCCAGGAAGUUGUCCACUGAGCAGAAACUCUUUUUCUUUCUGCUUUAAAAAAACAAAAACAAAAAACCAGGCCCCUGUGCUGCCUUCUGCAGGCCUUAAACUCCUGGCCCUUCCCCCGCCCACUGAGCUGGGGUUACAGGCAUGCACCACUUGUGCCAGGCAGGACUGAGUCUGUUAAACUGUCCGGAUGAGUGAAGUGUUUGAGUUGCUUUUCCAUCUGCUAUGCGGCUGCUCUCCAGAUCCUGGUGGAUGGAGCGUCUUCAUCAUGGUGGCCAGCUUUGUUGUGUGUGUGUUUGCCUUUUUAAGAAUUCUUUUCCCUUCUGUUGUUUCUCUACUUGUCACCAGGGGGCGAGCUUGCCCUUUUCCUGUCACUACCCUGAUCCCCCUUUCCAGUCUGGCAGCUAGCUGCUCUAGAAGAAAGGCUUGCCUUUGAAGGUUGUGAGCACAGCCCUCUCCCAGCCUUCCGAAGCUGAUUCAGGAGAGGGUUUUUCCUGAGUGCAGAGACAGUUUUUAAAAGACAUCAAGUUUGUUUUUAGAAUGUCUUGAAAAUAGUAUUUGGUAUGAUUGAAGACCAACAAGCAUUGGAAAGUUACUAAUCAUGGGCAACUAUACGUAAACACCACACAAACAGUUCUGGAGCACCUGAUGACCUAUGUUUAGUCCCUGAGACCGCACAGGGGAAGUAGACAACGGAUUCCUGCAUGAUGCCCUCUAGCCCAUGAAGGAGUGCACACAUAAUAUAUGAAUACAUGUAAUAAAACAUGUAAAAGAA